AUGGCAUCCAUUGUGCGCCCACCCCUGCCAUAUGGAAAAGCAUGUGCCACCUGUGCACGCGCCAAGUGUCGCUGUGUUCCCCGGAGUGUGGGCGGCCGCUGUGAAAGAUGCUAUCGGCUGGGCAAGGAAUGUCGCUUCCCCGAAGGUCGUCGCAAGGUUCGCUCCUUAUCCAAGUCAGUUCAGAUAGAACAGAAACUGGAUGGGUUGAUGAUGCUGCUGACUUCCGGUCGGACGGGGCUGCCAACGCCGACUCCGCUUCCCGCCGAUGCUGAGGCCGAAACAGAGUCCGAGCAAGAGAACGAGGACAACCAAGCUGAUGAGGAAGCUCUAUACGCAUUUCGCACGCAGAGACUACAAUUCCUUCCCUUGAUCCAUAUUCCCGCCACAACCACCGCCCAAAAUCUAAAACAGCAGUCGCCGUUCUUGUGGCAUUGUAUCUCCGCGGUGGAAAGUAAGAAUACCUCUCGGCAAGCCGCUCUAUGUGUCACCAUUCGCGAGCUGGCGGGGAAGCAGCUACUGGUGGAUUGCAACAAAUCCCUGGAUUUACUGCAGGGAGUGCUAGUCUAUCUCGCCUGGGUCACCUUUCACAGCCAACCGCAGAAAUCGUCACUCUGUAUCUAUGCCCAGAUGGCGAUGGGACUGGUCUUCGAGCUAGGCUUCAACAAGCCCGCGCCUCCAGACCUGAGUAUGACCAUCUCAAACAGCAAUGCGGUCGGCCAUAUGCCAGGACUGAAAGCGUCCAUCUCUACGCGGCGAACUAUGAACGAACGCCGCGCAGUAUUGAGCUGCUACGUGCUGACUUCGAUAAUCGCACAAUUUCUCGGUCGAAUGGACCCGCUGCGAUGGACCCCGCACAUGAGAGAGUGUCUCGAUAUUCUGACAAAGAGCGGCGAGUCACCGGGUGACGGGGUGCUGGUCCAGAUCACGCGCACGCGUUUGCUGGCGGACCAAAUCCUCCAAGGCCCGUGGAGUGAGGGCGUGUAUGGCCCGCAUCCGACGCAGGCCCUCGCCGCGUUUCAUCUCAAGGCGUUUGAGUCGCGGUUUGAAACGAUCAAAGCUGAGAUCCCUCUUCCACUCGCCGAUAAUAAACCCAUCCUCUUCCACCUCUAUGACACACAAACAAGCCUCUACGAGGUCGCCCUCGUCAACCCUCCCGCCGACGAAGAAAUGAGCAGCCAACGGCUUGGCCAUCUGUACGCUUGCUUACACGUUGUGAGGCAAUUCUUCGAUCUCUUCUUUACGAUAUCUCCCGCGGAAUAUACUUCCCUCGCACUACCCUAUCUGACUCAGAUAUCGCAUUGCCUGGUUACCCUCUUCCGGCUGUCGACUCUGGAUUACCCGGGCUGGGACAAGGCCACGGUGAGAGGCACGGUGGACCUCCUGGACGUUGCGAAUCAAAUUGCCACGCGCAUGGGCCAGGUUGCGGCUGCGGUGGGGAUGCAUGGCGAGGAAGCGGAAUGCGAUCCGUUUAGUAAGCUAGGGCUGAUGAUGCAGAAGCUAGGAGGGGAAUGGGCGGUACGGCUGCCGGAGUACACGGGGGUGGAGCCAGAUCAUGGUGCUGGGGAGGUGUUGCCAUUGAGCAGCGUGGAGUUGGGCGAUCUGGAAAGUUUUUUGAGGUGGUCAGAAAUGGCGUGGCUCACGGAUGGGACCGGUGUAGGAGGUUCGCGUCCGAAUCUUAGUAAUGCCUGCUCUUAA